AUGGAGAACGAUUAUAUAAAACGUAAAACAAGUAAGAUAGUGCUUUUGGAUAUGCUUGAUGAGUCUGCUUGUGGUUUGGGUAAUAUUUGGAUUGAGAAAACAAAUAACUCUGGCCGUAUUAUUACGGAUGAGUAUUUUGACUAUAUUUGGCGGCUGCUUGUGAGCGAAGAAAGAGAAAGAGAAAAUUCAUUUUUUAGCAAUCUAAAGGCUAUCAUAUACUUCGGGUUUUACAGCAUUACACUGUUUAAUAUUAAGCUGCUCUUAAAUAUUAAGACAUAUAUCGUUUUAGUCAUAUGCAGAAACCUUUAUAUAAUAGCCAUGGGACAUCCUAGUUACUUGAUGCCGAGUGUGAACACAGGGACUUUUAAGGCAGUAACUAUUGUGUUUGCCUGGCUAUAUACUAUACUGCCUCUUUUUAUCUGCUUAAGAUCGAUGUGUAGAAUAUUAAAUCCUGUUUUAGUACAUUCAAGAUAUGGUACCAUUUCUGUUAUAAUGGUUUCUUUGCUAGGUGUUACUAUUAAUUCCCUAGCAGGGCGUGAUACCAUAAAUAUUAUUAAAGUAUUUAUGAAAAACAGUACAGACAUUGAAAGUAACGAGUUUAUAUACAUAUUCGGUUACCCCAUCUUAAUUCUUAUACUGAUAGGGGUUUUUAUGUGGAAAAAUAUGUUUACCAUGAAUUUUAGAAUGGGAAAAAUGGAGAAACUUGUUUGGAUAGACCUUCAUUUCACGUGUAUACUUCUUAUAUUAGUAUUGGGAUAUGCAUGUAUCACAAGAGAAGUUAAUAUUUUAUUGCAAAAUCAAUAUUAUCUGGAGCCCAUUAUUGCAGACUUUUAA